CAUACCCCUGUCUGUAUGAUUCUGCAGGAGACCCGAGCUGCAGAGUCAGAACCACAACCGGACCCACAGUGUCCAUUGGACAGGGAAGAGUUGGGGCGCAGCACGUGGUCCUUCCUGCACACUAUGGCAGCAUAUUACCCCGACCAGCCGUCUUCCACCCAGCAGCGAGAGAUGGGGCAGUUCAUCAACCUUUUCUCCAAGUUCUUCCCCUGUGAUGAGUGUGCAGAAGACCUCAGGGGCAGAUUGAAAACCAAUCAGCCAGACACCCGGAGUCGCCAUUCUCUUUCUCAGUGGCUCUGUCACAUCCAUAAUGACAUCAACACCCGGCUGGGCAAACCCGAGUUCGACUGCUCCCGUGUGGAUGAGAGGUGGAGAGAUGGAUGGAAAGAUGGUUCCUGUGACUGAGUAACUUCUCUGUUUCUCAACCAAGACUCACAGUAAAAACAUGUUUCACUGAACCUCUUGUUCAUUCCUGUUAUUGGGGAGUUUUAAAAGUUUAGGAUACAAAUCUUUAUUGAAAUUCUUUUACCCAGUCUCUUGUGUGAAAUACAAAAUAGCUUUUUGUUUUUUUUGGGUCAUCGUUUCAGGUGCGACCCUGAUUUGUCUGUUAAAGCAGUACAUUUAGCCAUUAAAAUAUGGUUUCCUGGUCUGUUUAUAAGUUGUGUUUAGAAAUCAUAUCCCCAAAAUAGCCAGUACAACACUAGAUAAUCACAUUCUUAAAUGUGUGAAUGAAUCAUAUUGACUUAAUUAAACAAUCCUUCUCGUUAUGUCAGCUAUAACUUAAAAAAUACUUUUGAAUAUGUCAGAUAAAUAUAUAUAUAUAUAUAUGUAUAUAUUUUACCUAAUGAUGAUUACAAAUUGCUUUUUCAUUGAAAUACUACACAUGUAGUAUUUUGUGUACGGGUGUGUUGUGGGCUUGGUAUGCCGGGGACUAUGGUAAUUUAUUUGCAUAAAUUAGUGCUGGAUUUGGUAAUUAUGUAAUUCUAAUGAGUAGCUGAUCAUUAAAGUAAUUAAAUUAAGUACAAA